GGCGCCUGUCAACCAUUCUGGGCUUGGUGGUGGCGAGCGUUAUGUGACAUGGCUGCCCAGGGAGGGGAGGCAGGUACUGGAGUGUUAGGGUGCUGGAUGACGAUGAAGGAGACGGAAGAGCAGCGCUGAGCGAGAAGAGGCCCACCAACCUGGGUCGUGGGCGGGGAGAGACUGAGCAUGCGCAGGAGCUGAACUGUAGUUCAGCCGGGCGGGCCGUGGGGAUGCUGUGGGUGGGUGCCUAACACAGGGCUUGCCAUGUAAUAGAUCCUAAACAAAAACUUGUUCGUUGAUGGAUUGGCCUUGUGCUACUCAACGUGUAAUCAUUCUUCGAGGAAGACAUCUGCCGAGCCACUUCUCAGCUUUGCUUUCUGAGGACACUGGGCUUCCCCACAAGAGGAGCAAAGAGAGGAACGGAGCACUCCUGGGUUCAAGAGCCUGCCCUUGCCUGAGACAGAAGCACAGAAAAAGGAUGUCUUCUGGGCUGCUGACAGCCAGGUCCCAGCACCCAGUGACGUUCAGGGAUGUGGCCGUGCACUUCUCCCUGGAUGAGUGGCGACGCCUGAGCCCGGCCCAGAGGACGCUGUACCGGGACGUGAUGCUGGAGAACUACGCGAACCUGGUCUCUGUGGGAGCCAGGCCUCCAGUAUCCAAACCCAAUGUGAUCUCCCUGUUGGAGAGAGGAGCGGCUCCCCAUAAGCCUAAGGGAAAAGUCCCAAGAAACACCUCCCCGGUCUCUGGUCUCUACUCAGACUUCGGUAAAUGUCAAAGAACACGUGAUGGAGAGAAGGUGUAUGACUGUAGUGAAUGUGGGAAAACCUUUGUCAAAAGAUCGACACUUAUUGAACAUCAGAGAAUUCAUACUGGAGCCAAACCCUAUGAAUGUAAUUCAUGCGGAAAAGCCUUCACUUGGUGGCGAAAUUUGAUGGAACAUCAGAGGACUCAUACUGGAGAGAAACCAUUUGAAUGUAAUGAAUGUGGGAAAACUUUCAGUCGAAGGGGGACCCUGCUUAGCCAUCAGAGUAAUCAUACUGGGGUAAAGCCCUUUGACUGCCAAGAAUGUGGGAAAGCCUUCAGUCAGAAGGGACUCCUUGUUAACCAUCAGAGGACUCACACCGGUGUGAAACCCUUCGAGUGCAGUGAAUGUGGGAAAGCCUUCUGUCAGAAGGGAAACCUGAUGAGCCAUCAGAGGACUCACACCGGUGUGAAGCCCUUUGAAUGUAAAGAAUGUGGCAAAGCCUUCAGUGAGAGGGGCACCCUUAUUAGGCACCAGAGAAUUCACACUGGAGUGAAACCCUUUGAAUGUAAUGAAUGUGGGAAAGCUUUCAGUGAAAAGGGCACCCUGAUUAGUCAUCAGAGAAUUCAUUCUGGAGUGAAACCCUUUGAGUGUAAGGAAUGUGGAAAAGCCUUCAGUCGUAGGGGAACCCUUGUUAGCCAUCAGAUGACUCAUAUUGGAAUGAAGCCCUUUGAAUGUAAUGAAUGUGGGAAAGCUUUUGGUUGGAAAGGACAUCUUAUUAGUCAUCAGCGAAUUCAUACGGGAAGGCAGCCAUUUGAAUGUACUGAUUGUGGGAAAGCCUUUAGUCAGAAGGGACUGCUGAUUAGCCAUCAGAGAACUCACACUGGAGUGAAGCCCUUUGAAUGUACUGAGUGUGAGAAAGCCUUCAGUCAGAAGGGAAACCUCGUUAGACAUCAGAGAACUCACACUGGAGUGAAGCGCUUUCAGUGUCAUACAUGUGGGGAAGUCUUCAGUCAGAAGGGACACCUGAUUAGGCAUCAGAGAACUCAUGCAGGAGUGAAGCCCUUUGAAGGUUAUGAUUGGGAAAACUAUUGCUUAGAAAAGAAAACUUACUGAAUAUAAAAUAAUUUAGAAUUGAGAGAAUACUUCUGCAAAUUAUGUAUAGAGUUAAUUAUCUAAACACAAGGCAACAAUAAAGAAUAUUCU